AUGAUCCACAGCAAUGCAGAUAUUCCGACGGUUGCGAAGCUGCAGUACUUGCUGCAGUCGCUGGAGGGAGAAGCCAGGAAACCAUUCGAGUCCGUAGACAUUGAAGCAGAUAACUACGCAUCGACUUGGGAAGCAUUGCUAAAGCGGUACGACAACAAGCGGUUCCUAAAGCGUCAGCUCUUCCGAUCUCUAUAUGACCUCCCACCGAUCAAUCAAGAAAGUCCCCAAGAAAUUCAUGUUUUGGUUGAUGAUUUCCACCGGCAUGUGAGGGCUUUAGCAGAGUUAGGCGAACCAGUCCAUUAUUGGGACACUCCGUUGGUUAACCUCCUUUGCUACAAUCUAGAUCCAACUACACUACGUGCUUGGGAGGAGAAAACCAGCAACAACGACGACGUAACCUACGAUAUGCUGAUCGAAUUUCUUUAUCAACGUGCCCGUAUGCUGAUGUCCGUUAUAACCGAUCUGCGAUAUCGGUCACAACAACCGGUUACAGCCAAGGUGGCCGGUUCGAUUCCAACCCCGAAACCAUUCAAGGUGGCAUACAAGGCAGCUACCGUUGAAUCGAACUACAGUUCUCUGCCGUGUCUCGCCUGUCCAGAGAAGCAUUUACUCUUCCAAUGUCCAGCAUUUUCCGAGAUGUCCGUCUGCCAGCGUCGUGAGCAGGUUUCCCAGAAACGCCUAUGCUGGAAUUGCUUCCGUACUGGACACAAAGCCAGGAACUGUACCUCCGUGUUCUCCUGCUGUAACUGCCACGGAAAACACCACUCCUUGUUGCACGAGCCAGCACCGUCGAACAUACAAUCUACUCCUGUCGUGGCAGUAAGCCAGCCUAUUCCCUCGACCUCCGCUAUCGCUGGCCCUUCCAGCUCGGUAAAUCCGAACAACCAAGUGAGCCUGUCAGUCCAGGCUGAGCACAGUACAGUCUUGCUAGAAACAGUUUGCCUCCUCGUCGUAGAUCAGAACGGCAAGGAAAUACCCGUACGUGCACUCCUGGAUUCAGGAUCCAUGUGCAACUUAAUAACCGACAAGCUUGCAAAUUCCCUAAAUCUUCGUCGCACCAAGGUGGAUAUCGCAGUAGCUAGUAUAGGUGACUCCACCUAG